AGACAACGAGUCGGCCAAUUAGCGUGCUGUUUGGUUUGCUUCAGUCAGUCCGUCAGUGGUGAGUGUGAGCUGUAGACAGACUUAAGGAGCUGCUGUAUCGUGAAGCAAGGAGCAAUUGGGGAAAUACAUUUGAAACUGCAACGCUAAGGAGGAGCACCGACUGCGUAGGUGGAUCUUGUGGCGAGCUUUGUGUAUCCUGCACAUGUAGCAGACGAUCCAGACACGUAGCCUGAAGGCUGCUCUGCAACAAUGCCAGAGUCCUCCCUGGAAGUCAAGGACAUUUGCAGCAGCUCCGUUGAAUGUAGACCAUCUCCCUUAAGACGGUUUAGCCAAUCAUCUCUGCCACUGCAAAGAAACUACAUGCUCAGUACCUUCUGCACAGAGAACAACGUGCAGGAAUGUCUAUCACACAUCAAUCAGGAGGUGUCAUCUCUUGGCCUCCCACCAGUUUGGAAGGAGUCGAGCGGCAGCCCAGAGAUGAACGUUGUGGCUGUGCUAAAUUGCAUGUACGACCUGAUUCAGCUGCACCGCAGGGGCCUUCGGACCCUGGAAAGCAUGGAAGUGGAGCAGCUAAAGUCCAGCAGCAAUGUGGAUUACCUGCAGUACACCAGCACCCAUUUAAAAGAGCAGCUUGAACUGUCCAAAAGGGAAAACACAGGACUCCUUGAGAGAGAACGACAGCUGCAGCUGAAAGUGAAGAGUUUGCAAAACUGCCUGAAAAAUGAAAAAGAAGAGGUGCAAAAACUUCAGAACAUAAUUGCAAGCCGGGCCAGCCAGUACAAUCAUGAGAUGAAAAGGAAAGAAAGAGAAUUUAACAAACUGAAGGAGCGCUUGAAUCAACUUCUGGUUGACAAAAAGGAGAAGAAACAAGCCAUUGAUGUAUUAAACAACAUUGGAAGAGCUGAUGGGAAGAGAAGCCUUUGGAAAACUGAAAAGACAGAAGCAAAGCAUGAGGGGGAGAUGUAUAAGACUCUGCUGAGUGACUAUGACACCCGACAAAGGGAGUUGCUGCUGGAAAAUGCAGAGUUGAAGAUAGUGUUGCAGCAGAUGAAAAAAGACAUUGUGUCCAUUCUGAGUUCAAGGAAACCAACGCUGAAAGACGACAAACAUCCAGAUGAUGGCGUACAGGCUGACUCAGAGGAGGAAGAGGAAGUUUUUGAUUCCAGCAAAGAAAGUGUAGAGCAGUAUUGUGUUCAGGCCCGGGAGAAGCUGACCAACAGUAUUCGCCUCCAGUGGAGAAGACUCAAGAGCCACGUUGAAAGAUUGGACAGCCAAGCGUCUUUAGCUCAGAUGGGCGAGAACAAAAACACUGAUGCUGUUUCCCGAGAGACUCAUGAGGAGGAGAUGGACAGACUGAAGCUGGAGAUCCAGCAGUGCAGAGACUUCAUUCAAACACAACAGCAGGCGCUGCAGCAGCAACUGAGCUCUCCGUGUGAUGAGGAGACGGCAUCCCUGCUGAGCGACUGCUACAUGCUGCAGGAGAAAGAGCGCUUCAGAGAGGAAUGGAAGACCCUCGAGGAACAGAGGAAGAUCUUUGAGAGGGAGAGGAGGAACUUCACUGAAGCAGCUAUAAGACUUAGCCAUGAGAGGAAGACCUUUGAGGACGAUCGAGCGAUGUGGCUCAAACACCAGUUUUUAAACUUGAGUCCAUUUCCUGACUCAAAGAAACCCCAGAUGUCAAAGUCUAAAAGUGCCUUUUUAAUAUCUAAAACAGAGGCGAGUACAGCGUCGGCUCCAGAAAAGCUCAUCAAAUGCCGGUCUGGCACAACCUCCCCCACACCCAGAUGUGUCUCGCUCACAUCACCUUCAACAGCCGACCUGUAUCGCACACUUUGCCUUAUCCCAGAAAACAGAUCAACCAAACCAAAGAGAAAGACUGAACAUGUGGAAGAAUCAAGCAUCUUUUUUAAUGGAAAUGUUCCAGCUCAGCACAAACAGUGGGACGACAGUGAAGACCACAGCAGCCACACACUCGCCAAGGAAAAGACCAGCUCUAUAUGAAGCCAUAAACAUUUAUAAUUUGGAUCAGAAUUUGUGUUAAUGUCCAUUGAUUAUGGAUGAAUUGUGGUAUUUCAGUGAACACCAAACACUUGAAGAUAGACUGUAAAAUGAGUGAGUCAUUGUUAACAAUUGAAGCCAAACAAGAGUUCUGGUUAGCUGCUGGUGUUCUGUGUGACUGAGAGAAGAUUUAAUUGUUUCUUUUUUAUUAUCUUACUGUUUUAUUUUUUAGAUUAUGUGAUAAACGUAUUUAUUUAUUUAUUUAUUUAUGUGGUGCUGUAAAUCUUGUUUUGGCAGUCAUAUCUUAUGUCUUGGAUCUUAGUCUGAGACUAGAAUUUCUUUGGCAAUGAAGGUGUUUCCAGAAAAGAUAAUGUGUCCCGGUAAUGACAUGUUGUUUGGCCCUCGUUAAGGGUCGCUGUUGCACUUAAACUUGCCUAAAUAUUGCUGUUUAUACCACAACUUUUUGACUUCUGUUAUCAUGUUAACAUUGGCAACUGGCACAAUGUUUUAGAAUGUAGAUUUAAUGCUGCUGUUUCACUGAAUGCAAUAAGAAACUGGGUAAAAUACAAAGUAUUUUUUCUAUAGUUUGAUAUAGAAAUGUGGUUGACAAUAUUGUUUUCUAGUAACUGUUGCAGAUACAUUAGUAGCAAGUGAUGUAUGAUGUUAAAUAGGGAGAAAGACUAAUUAAUUAAUUAAUGUGUCAUCAGACCACUCUGAUGUCAAUAUGAAUGUGAUUUAUUUCUCACCAUUUUUUUAAAUGAAUGUUUUAUUUUAGUAACAUUAUAUUGAGAGAUGAGAAUAAUUCUUACCACAUGAAUGUGACAUGAUUUAUAUUAGACAAUCUUAUAUUGAAACAUUCAUUAUACCUUCUUGAAACACAAGUUUCUUGUCAUUUGACGUUUAUUGGCCUCUAUCGAGGUUACUGAUCAACAGAACUGAAUCAUCUGCCCCUUGCCUGUAACUGAUGGAAGUGGAGACCAUCGAGGUAAACACCGUAAAGCAGCGAUUGAACAGGACCGUCUUGGAAAGAGGCAAGUGCUGUAAUCAAUUUUUACUUUUGUGGCCAGUCAUGCAGUAUUGGCAAACAUCGAUACGUUCACAUACUGUAUAUUUUACAUGGGUGAUUUUGUGUUAUGUUAUGGAGCUGUAAAGUACAUCAUCAAUGAAAUGUACUCAAUGAAGUGGACACAGUAGGUUGUCGUCUUUUUGACAACAAUCAACUAUAGUAGUGUUUGGAAAGCAAAUGUGAAUUGAAAUUGAAGAUAUAUACUCACCCCAUUGAUUGAUUGAUUUUGGGAGUGAUGUCUGUUUUUUAAAUGUAGGUUUCUAUCAAAAGCCUUUCACACAUAAUGGAAUAAAAAUUAACGAAACACCAGA